UUCAACCCCUAAUUUAUGGCGGCGGCGGCGAUGUAUAGGUCCACCGUCGUCAGUUCAUGAAACCCUCGUCUCUUUCUCUUUUCAAAUUUCUUCGGACCCGAGACUCUCCCCUCUUACGAAUCAGAACAAUGACACAGACUUCGAAUCCAUCGCAAGUGCGCGACGAUCUCCUCUGCUCGGACCAGCAGCAGCAGAGUGAUGCGCACAUUGAGAAGCCGCUGGAAACAGCGCCGGCGAGCUUGGGCGCUCCAGGUCGAGUAUUGAGCAUUGAUACUAGAGUGGAGCAGGCUUGGGCACACUGGAAAAAACUAGGUAGACCGAAGUAUAUAGUAGCUCCAAUGGUGGAUAACUCAGAGCUGCCGUUUAGAUUGCUCUGCCAGAAAUACGGAGCUCAAGCGGCUUAUACACCGAUGCUGCAUUCUAGGAUCUUCACCGAGACUGAUAAUCGAAACAAGGAAUUCACCACUUGUGAGGAGGACAGGCCAUUGUUUGUGCAGUUCUGUGCUAAUGAUCCUGAUACUCUCUUGGAAGCUGCCAAGAAAGUCGAACCUUACUGCGAUUAUGUUGAUAUCAACUUAGGGUGUCCUCAACGUAUAGCAAGGCGAGGAAACUAUGGUGCAUUCCUGAUGGAUAAUCUUCCUUUAGUGAAAUCACUUGUUGAAAAGUUAGCUCAGAACCUCACUGUUCCUGUCUCCUGCAAGAUCCGCAUUUUCCCAAACCUUCAAGAUACGCUCAACUACGCCAAGAUGCUAGAAGACGCUGGUUGCUCGCUGCUAGCGGUUCACGGCCGGACCAGAGAUGAGAAAGACGGUAAAAAGUUUAGAGCCGAUUGGGGCGCCAUCAAGGAGGUGAGAAACGCUCUGAGAAUCCCUGUAUUGGCCAAUGGGAAUGUGAGAUGCAUUGAAGAUGUGGAGGACUGCAUCAAAGAGACGGGCGUUGAAGGUGUUCUUUCCGCUGAGACGCUUCUUGAAAACCCGGCGGUCUUUGCCGGGUUUAGAACAGCUGAAUGGGCUAAAGGUAGUGAAGAAGAAGAGGGAUACGUCGAUGGAGGGUUAGAUCAGGGAGAUUUAGUUGUUGAGUAUUUGAAGUUAUGUGAGAAACAUCCGGUUCCAUGGAGGAUGAUUCGGUCUCACGUGCAUAAGAUGUUGGGAGAUUGGUUUAGGGUUCAUCCACAGGUUAGGGAGCAGCUUAAUGCUCAAAACAUAUUGACGUUUGAGUUUCUGUAUGGUCUUGUGGACCAGUUAAAAGAGCUUGGAGGACGAGUUCCACUCUACAAGAAAAGGAAGAUAGAUACUCUACAAGAGUCUCCACAAAGGGUUUAGAGAGUUGAAUCUAUACGUUCUUGAUUCAUUGGGAUUUUUAUGUUGUAUCACUGUCCAAAUACUUUUUGAAGUAAAAGUGUUACUUCCUUUAUUUCAUAAAAUGUCAUUUUAAUA